AUGGUUUUCUUCCAAUCCGUCACGACGCCCCUUUUCGCAAUGGGGUGGACUCCCUCCAGCACCGGUGCCUACGCGGGGACAUGCAUCUUCCUCAUUGUCCUGUCUUUCGUACACCAGGUGCUGCUCGCGCUGCGGUGCGUGUUAUUUCCGGCAAGUUCGAGGCCUGCCCCCGACCGCCUGCCUUUGAGCGAUGAGUAUGGUGAUAAAGAGUCGGUUGGAACGAGGAUGAAGGCAACUUGGAGUAGUCAUCCGUUUCGGGUGGCGACAGAGAGUUCGAGGGCCGUGUUUGAGGUUUUAGUUGGAGGCGUGGCGUAUUUGCUUAUGUUGGCCGUCAUGACGUUGAACGUCGGAUAUUUUCUCUCGGUGCUGGGUGGUAUAUUUUUGGGGACAUUUGUCUGCGGCAGGUUCAGCGGCGUCGAUCAUCAUCAUUGA